AUGCCUUCGUCAGCAAAACCCUUCAAAGAUCAGAAGUAUUGGGAACUUAAACAGCAAUGCAUUGAACAAAAGAAACUCUUUGAAGACCCCGAAUUUCCAGCUUCUGAUGCAUCUCUUUUCUACAGUGGACCUCCACCAAGGAAAGUGGACUGGAAACGCCCAAAGGAGCUAUGUGAAGAUCCCCACUUGUUCGUCAAUGGCAUCAGCUCCCACGACUUGCUCCAAGGGAAGCUGGGAAACUGCUGGUUCGUGGCGGCUUGUUCCUGUUUGGCUCUCCGGGACAGUCUCUGGCAAAAGGUAAUUCCCAAGGCGAAGGAACAGGAAUGGGAUCCAAGGAGGCCGGAGAACUACGUGGGAAUAUUUCACUUCAAUUUCUGGUGUUUGGGGCAGUGGAUUGAUGUUGUCGUUGACGAUCGACUGCCGACCGUCAACGGUGAGCUGGUCUUCUGCCAUUCCAAGGAACGCAACGAAUUCUGGAGCGCGCUUCUGGAGAAAGCAUAUGCCAAGCUGGCUGGGUGUUACGAAGCCUUGGAUGGUGGCAACACUGCAGAAGCCAUUGUGGAUUUCACAGGAGCAGUAGCAGAGUCCAUCGACAUGACCAAGGGGAAAUAUGCCCGAGACAUUUCUGAGCAGAUGAGGCUCUUUGAGGAGCUGCUGAAAGUCCAGAAAAGGGAAGGAUUGAUCAGCUGUUACAUCACGCCUUUAACCGCCCGUGAUUUUGAGGCAGAAACCGCCAUGGGUUUGAUCCAGGGCCAUUCCUACUCGGUGACAGCAAUCCAGAAGGUGAGCCUCGGAGAGAAGCUGUUGUCUUGCGUCAAGUCUGAGAAACUCUUCAUGAUCCGACUGAGGAAUCCUUGGGGGAAGAAGGAGUGGAACGGCGCAUGGAGUGAUGAAUCAGAGGAGUGGACGAACGUGAGCGAUAAAGAAAGGAAGAAGAUUGGACUCACUGUUGACAAUGAUGGAGAAUUCUGGAUGACGUUUGAAGAUUGGUGCAAAAACUUUACUGAUGUUGACAUCUGUCGUCUUGUGAACACAUCCUUCUUUAGUAUCCACAAAACCUGGGAAAAGAGGAUCAUGUGUGGAGCAUGGAGAAAGAAUCCAGACCCCCUUUUAAAUCGCUCUGGUGGAUGUUUCAAUAACAGAGCCACUUUCCUUCAAAACCCACAGUACAUCUUUGAUGUUAAAAAGGCAGAGGACAAAGUGCUGAUCUCCCUGCAGCAAACGGACCAGCGCGUUCACAAAAAAGAAGGGAAAGGGGAGAACUUUGUCAUUGGCUUUGAAAUCUUCAAGGUGGAGGACAACAGAGACUGUCGAAUGCAUUCGAUGCACUUACAGGAGAAGGUGGCGACCUCCACAUACAUUGACAUGCGCACAGUGUUUUUGAAGGUGCUUCUCAAGCGAGGCCGAUACGUCCUGAUCCCAACCACAUUCAGUCCUGGCGUGGAAACAGAGUUCAUGCUGAGGAUGUUCACAGAUGUGCCCUCAAAACUCAGGGAGCUCAAGCUGAAUAAACCCAAGCCAGAGUGCCUGGAUAUCCUGCAUGGCUUCCCUAAGAGGGUGUCUCAGAUAAAAAUCGGUGCGGCAGAAGGCCUCAAGAGUCAAGACAGACACGGGGGAGCAAACCCCUACCUGAUCGUCAGCUGUGAGAAUGAGAAAGUUCGCUCUCCUGUGCAGCGGGGAACCAUCAAUGCUGUUUUCAACACUCAAGCCAUUUUCUAUCGAAGGAAGGUUAAACAGCCUAUUGUGGUCCAGGUCUGGCACAGCAGCAUCUUGUGUGACCGGUUCCUGGGACAAGUGCGGCUGACAGCAUCACCCGGUGACUUCAGGGAAGCACAGACACUCCAGCUCUUGGGGAGGGGCAGGCGGGAGGCGGAGAAGAUGCCAGGUCACAUCACCGUCACGGUCAUUUCCAGCGAUGACCUUCUGGAGCUAUGA